AUGAUUUUAGGAAAAGUAUUCGAUCCAGACUUUGUUGUACACUCUAUUAGUUACGAGAAUGGAGGAAAUAGUAAUACUAUGGUAAAUAGGAAUACAGUAUUUUCAUCCAUUCUUCAACUUGGUGGGAAAGUAAAACAAGAAAUGAUGACAAGUAUUAAUAGUGGUGAUUCUAAAGGAACAAACAAGGAACCUGUUCUUCCUUCACUACAAUAUUUGCAAACAAACCCUCUAGUGACUGGCAACUAUAAGGAGACAAUCAAUAAUAGGGAAGAAUCUACAAGAGAAAUUGCUUCCUCGGAAAAUAGUGAUGGCUCACUCCUUCCCAAAUUUCUAAUAAUUACCCACAAAUUGAAUCCUAUUUCUAUUGAGGAUUUUAUUGAAUCUCUUAGUGGAUGUAUAAAAAGAAUGUAUGAUAUUCAAAAGGAACAAUUUCAGAAUUUGAAGCAAAAUAUUCCUCAUUAUCACAUUAUUGAUGGAUUCACAAUAGAAGGUGUUAUUGCUUUACCAGAAGAUAGACAGAGUUCAGUAUUUGUUCCAUUUGCUGGAAAUCGUGUGCAUUUCAAUGAAGAUAUGUUCUUUAGGUUGGUGGAUGGAUUAUCAGAAGGUGUUAGUGAUGACUUGUUGCCUUCUCAGGUUGUAACUUGGCUCAAUAAUUCAAUGUUGCCUUAUUUUACAGAUCCACAAAGAAAAUUCCAUUUUUUUGCUUUUGUACAGACGCAUGGUCAUUCAUCUAUGCUGAAAUCUGACACGUCCAGCGCGUUUGUAAAGAACCAGAGCCCGUUGAACAAGUUAUGCACACAAUUGGGUUUUCACAGGACUUCUAAAUUGUGA